UGGGGCAGAAAUUCCACUUUUUCUGAAAAAGAGAAAGAAAAGAGUGAGCGAGUCAUAGACCAGGAGCGAGCGCUCAGUUCAAUUCAACCUCGGACUGCUUCAUGAUCAUUAGUCGUUUUUUGUGUAGAUAUUUUUUAACGUAAGCCAUGAGUGAUCACUCUAACGACGAUGAUGACGAUUUCGUCAAUCGUCCCUCUUUCUCAAAAGCAAAUACUCCUGAAACGCCAUCCACUUCCUCCAAACGGAAAUUAGCCACUCCCACAAGUAGCAAAGCAAAAGCGCCAAAGAAGAAGAAGGUUGAUGACGACGACGACGAGGAUGAUGCAAAGGAGGAAGAAUUGCCAACUUUCAAAUAUCUCAAACUGGACUCGGAUGAUGAGGACGAUGAAGAAGAGCUGGUUUCGAAAAAUGAGUGGCGAAUGGUGGAGGGAGCAACGAGAUAUUUAAGAGGCCAACCCACCAGUCUCCCCGAACGAGGUUAUGUGAAUAGGAAGAUUGAUCUGCGUGAGGAUAAGACAGACAUUGUGUGGUGGCAAAUUAGUAAGGCUAUGAACACCAAUAAGAAGAUGUCGGAUAAGUCUGAAGAUGAAGGAGAUAAUAAAAUGCGAGAGUUUUUCUGCAAAUUGGCAAGAGAGGUUGAUCAGGAUGAGGAAAUGGGGUCACAACAGUCGACCACUUCCAACCUCACUCCUCUUACCCCUCCAAUUAUUACAGGGAAAUAUCCCCCUCUUACUGCUGCAGAGAGAUUGAUUGCAGAGACCAAAAUAAGACAAGCGGGGCCAAACGGAUUGGAGAUUCCGGGGUCAACGACGAGAGUAGCGUUUUCACCACCAAAUCAAAACAGGGAAUAUGGGUUGUUCGUUCGUAUCACUACAACUACAAAGAGUAGGUUUCUUUGUUCCGCGAUCCCCAAUUGCGUACGAACAGCUUCCACCAUUAUGGAGCCGACUCCAAAGUGUAACCUCCAUAAAGGAGAACAAAUUGGUUACGUUUUGGCUCAGUUUACGGAUGGGGCCAAUAAGAAGAACGACGUCAUCCUCCAUGUCAUUGUCUCUUUUACAUACACAUAUGGGGAUGAUGAGGGAAAAUCACAAAACGCAACACGGGCAAUCAUGGGGGAAAAUCUACGCAAAUCCAAUUCGCCGUGGAAAUCAUACUCUAAAGAGCGUGAAGCAGCCAAAAAACCAGCCGCAGAAUUAGUUGAGCUAGAGGAUCGUCGCCUAUACUUUGAUGACGAAGACGAACUGAUGAAAGUUUACGCAGCACGCCAGACCACCACACUCUUUCAACUACUUUUAUGGCCGGAUACAACAAUCAAAAUAAUAUGUCUCAACCUAGAUAUUAAUCUUCCAAAUGGUGCGUAUAAGGAGUUGGUGGAGGAGAUGAAUCAUUUCCGUCUGGAGUUGAAGAUUCACGAUAAAUUGUCACCAUCAGCAGCAACAGCAAUUAAGUUGGAGGAGGGUGCGAGGAUUCCAUUUCUUCUACAUGCAGAAAAGGAUGAAAGUAUCGGGGCAUUGUUGACGAGAGGAAGAAAGGAGAAGAAAGAAAAGGUCGCUGCAUUAUACUUUGCUUCCGAUCCAUACAUCAUUUAUGCUGGACAAGCACUGAAAAGUGGGGUGCAUAAAUCGAAUAACUCUUAUGCAGACCCUAUACUUUUUUACAAAACUAACAAGCCCACCACCCACCCUGAUUACAAGAUUGUUCCAGUAGGACUUGUUGGUGAGGAGGAGCGAUACAAAUGGGAAUGUCAUCUCCACAUUUGUGCCUUAAUAGCAUCUCUUCUAAAACUAAAAAAUUGUAUAAAUCCAGACGAUUUUUCUGCCCAGUCUCACCCUCUCUGCAUAAAUAAGAAGAUAAAUUCAAGUUAUGUAGAUAAAAAGUCAUGGGGAAUUGUUCAUGGAAUUAUGAAGAAGAAGUUUUUAGUUGAUGUGUACUUAGGACCCAAGACGUCCGUCUAGUAGUAAUGUUCAUAAUAAAUACCAAUUUGUAAACCAGUUUCAA